GGAGAUCGCGCGGGUUUAAAAAGGCGAAAAACAAACCUUCCUGUCCCUGCAUGCCUUCCGUAGUUUGAACCUGUUCCCCCUGUAACUUUUGACGGGUGAUAGUUGGUGAGGGGGGGGGGCGCGCGACGUUAUCGAUGCCAGUAUGGACCCCCAUCACCCACACUUGAUCAGCGAUUGCCUCAUUCACACGUUCACUUUCCUGGCCGAGGAGGAUUUGAUGCGCGCCUCCGCCGUGUGUAAGGAUUGGAAUGGAGCCGCAGAGAGUCCUUGGCUAUGGAGGAGGAUGAGUCUGCAGCGCUGGAGCUUCUGUAACAUCGCCGUCUUGGGCAGUGAACAGGUGAACCACUCGUGGAAGAGGUACUUCCUUCGACGGUGCCACUUGGAGAUGAAGAUGACGGAAGGCAAGUCGGGAGGUUACACCUGCAAAAGCCUCAGAGGACACACAGGCAGGGUGGUCGGGUUUGCGUACCUGAAGGGGAAUUCAGCUCAGCACCCUGACAUCUGGAACUGCAGCUCCACGGUGUGCAGCGCCUCUACCGAUGGCACAGUCCGAGCAUGGGACAUCCAUAAUGGUGAAGUUCUGUGGCGCAGUCCCUCGCAGGCCCCUUUGACGGCGAUGGUGAGUGACGAGCGGCGCGAAGUCGUGAUCACGGCGGACUCCGCGGGCCUCAUCAAGACCUGGCGGGCUCAGACCGGCCAGGAGGUGGCCUCCUUCUCUACGGGGUCUCCACACUGCACACUACUACAGUACAACAUCCACGACGACUGGUUUCUGACCGUCGGAACCAGUCAGGGAUCCGUGUGCACACUAGCCGACCCGGCUUUGACUAAAAAGUCCAGCGUGGCGGUGUGCGACAGCUUUAAAGUCAACGCGUUGCUAGUUUCACCGGACAGGAAGUGGAUCGCUGCUGGAACCAAGGACAGCAGCGAUUUGAGUCCAAAGGUGGUCUACACUGAGAGUUUAACCUCGCCGUCUGAGGACGAAGACCCCCUGUGCCAGUCUGUGCCGGUGGCCGGCUGCCAGGCGGCGGUCUUCAUCCCCUCUCAGCCCGCCAGGCUGGCCGUCGUCCACCACGGCGAGCGGACACACGACAAAGUCCUCAGCGUGUUCGACGUCGGCGUGAAAAAGACAAAGUACAAGUCAUCGAUCCAGGUCCAGGAGGUGGCGACCUUCCCCUUGACGCUGAACCGAUGGUCGUCGCACAUCCUCCUGGAGGCCAAGGACAGCGACCGCUUGGUGCUGGCAUCCGGUCCGGAGCUGCGGGUCUACUCCCUGACCGGAGCCCUGCUGGCCAGCUUCAAAGAGCACACGAUGCCCAUCUCCUCCAUGUGUGUGGAUGACUUUCGCGUGGUGACGGCCUCUCAGGACCUCUCCUUACGAGUGCUGACGUGGAGGAGCGACGGAGGCCCCGGGUCGACCCUGGAGAGCCGGUACCACCUGCUGGGAGGCUCCCACACGGUGUCCAGAGGGUUCACGCACGUCGCCUGCGACUACUCCAGCAUCGUGGCCUCGGCCGAAGGGAGCGACGGGAGAGACGUCUUGAAGGCGUAUUCGUUCACCUCCUGACCCGCAGAGCACGUCAUCACGACCCACCGGAAGGAGGAACGUGUGCGUUUUAUUAUGAACUGUGCAGACAUCCUGGUGUUCUGUGGUUUAUCUCCUUGUUAAAAGAUGAGACACGCUAAAGGCAUUGAUACACUGAAUAAAGUAUGUAAAAGGUAUAAGCGGGG